CUCCAGGGGGCCAGAGGCUCAGCGGGGUGGGGGGGAGGACAGGAGGGGAGGAGGAGGGAGGGGGACCCCCGAGUCGCCCCCUCUCCUCCCCCCGUCCCCCCCGCUCCAUCCUCCGCCACCGCCCGAGCAGCUGCGGGGCUGCCGCCACCGCCUUUGCAGGCUGAGUCAUCACUAAAGAGUGGGAAGGGCAGCAGCAGCAGCAGCAGCAGCAACAGCAACAGCAAAGAAUCCAAAUACUAAAACUGAUCCUGCAAAGCAUCAUUUCUCCAAGUUGGGGGCUCAGAGGGGAGCCAUCAUGAGCGAUGUUACCAUUGUGAAGGAAGGUUGGGUUCAGAAGAGGGAGACUAAAGCAUGUAUGGAUAUUGUAUUUGAUUCAGGCUGUGUAAGAAGGCAGAGGAGUUGGAAAGGAGCUAGAAAGAGCACAAAAGGAUUACUGUGCUCUUUCCAAGUCAAGGGAGAAUAUAUAAAAAACUGGAGGCCAAGAUAUUUCCUUUUGAAGACAGAUGGUUCAUUCAUAGGCUAUAAAGAGAAACCUCAAGAUGUGGACUUACCUUAUCCCCUCAACAACUUUUCAGUGGCAAAAUGCCAGUUAAUGAAAACAGAGCGACCAAAGCCAAAUACAUUUAUUAUCAGAUGUCUUCAGUGGACCACUGUUAUAGAGAGAACAUUUCAUGUAGAUACUCCAGAGGAAAGAGAAGAAUGGACAGAAGCUAUCCAAGCUGUAGCAGACCGACUGCAGAGGCAAGAAGAGGAGAGAAUGAAUUGUAGUCCAACUUCACAAAUUGAUAAUAUAGGAGAGGAGGAGAUGGAUGCAUCUACAACCCAUCAUAAAAGAAAGACAAUGAAUGAUUUUGACUAUUUGAAACUACUAGGUAAAGGCACUUUUGGAAAAGUAAUUUUAGUUCGAGAGAAGGCAAGUGGAAAAUACUAUGCUAUGAAGAUUCUGAAGAAAGAAGUCAUUAUUGCAAAGGAUGAAGUGGCUCAUACUCUUACAGAAAGCAGAGUACUCAAGAACACCAGACAUCCGUUCUUAACAUCCUUGAAAUACUCCUUCCAGACAAAAGACCGUCUGUGUUUUGUGAUGGAGUAUGUCAAUGGGGGAGAGCUGUUUUUCCAUUUGUCGAGAGAGCGGGUGUUCUCUGAGGACCGCACACGUUUCUAUGGUGCAGAAAUUGUCUCUGCUUUGGACUAUCUACAUUCUGGAAAGAUUGUGUACCGUGAUCUCAAGUUGGAAAAUCUGAUGCUGGAUAAAGAUGGCCAUAUAAAAAUUACAGAUUUUGGACUUUGCAAAGAAGGAAUCACAGAUGCAGCCACCAUGAAGACAUUCUGUGGUACACCAGAGUAUCUGGCACCAGAGGUAUUAGAAGAUAAUGACUAUGGCCGAGCGGUAGACUGGUGGGGCCUGGGUGUUGUCAUGUAUGAAAUGAUGUGUGGGAGGUUGCCUUUCUACAACCAGGAUCAUGAGAAACUCUUUGAACUAAUACUAAUGGAAGACAUUAAAUUUCCUCGAACACUCUCUUCAGAUGCAAAAUCAUUGCUUUCAGGGCUCUUGAUAAAGGAUCCAAAUAAACGCCUUGGUGGAGGGCCAGAUGAUGCAAAAGAAAUCAUGAGGCAUAGUUUCUUCUCCGGAGUAAACUGGCAAGAUGUGUAUGACAAAAAGCUUGUACCUCCUUUUAAGCCUCAAGUAACAUCUGAGACAGAUACCCGAUAUUUUGAUGAAGAAUUUACAGCUCAAACUAUUACAAUAACACCACCUGAAAAAUAUGAUGAAGACGGCAUGGACUGCAUGGACAACGAGCGGCGGCCACAUUUCCCUCAGUUCUCCUACUCUGCAAGUGGGCGAGAAUAAGUCUCUUUCGUUCUGUUUCUACACUGUCAUCUUAGAGUUCUGUCACUGAGAAUGAUUCCUGGACAUCUCCACCAGUCCUCGCUCUUACAGAUAGCAGGGGCACUUCUGACAUCCCUGACCAGCCAAGGGUCUUCCCCCGCACCACCUUUCACCCACAUGAAAACAUAUACACAGACA